AUGCGCAUCCUCGUCCAGGAACCGCUCGUUUACAUCAACGUCGCGUUCGAGCCCAGGAUUGCCACCUCCAUGAAGGAGAUCUACCUCGAUGAAGCUCAGAGGCUGGACCCCGAAGAAGCGAAAGCGGCCAUCUUCUAUUCGAUUGUGACGACUCAACCCGGUCUCAAGGGUGUCGAUCUGCCGCACCAGCUCAUCAAGUGGACAUCGCGUUACCUCCACCAACAGUACAAAGGCCUUACGGAGUUCAGCACUCUCUCGCCUAUUCCUGGCUUCAUGCCUUGGCUUCGGCUCUCGCUUUCCUCGCCCAGCCCCUCCAGCCCAUCGCUCGCCGAGCGGAAAGCGUGGCUCAAGGCGAUGCUGCCAGCCAAGGUAGAGGUCGUGGCAAAGGAGCUUGGCAUCUCUUCUUCCGUACCGCCUCAGGAAGCGCUCGUGGAAGCGCUGGAGAAUCAUCGUUGGUUCGAGAACGAGCGCGUAGUGGGGGCCCUGCAGCCGCUCAUGCUGCGCCUGUGCGCUCACUAUGUCAUCACCGAAAGGGCCGUCAAUGGGUCCACCCAAGCCCUCGAUCGCGUGGCCAACUUCCAUCUGGGCAAUGGCGCCUACGUGCACGGACUCAACUGGAUGGCCGACCUGGCACCGCUGCGCCUGAGCGAGUCGGCCAGCCUGAUGGCCAACUACAAGUACCCCAGCCCGGCCGACGCGACCACCGGCGCCGCCGACGCUGCGCUCUACCACCGGGAGGGCAUCAUCAAGGCGUCGCCCGACGUCGAAGCUCUCCUGCGCGAUCGGUGGUAG